AUGGCAACAAAAAGCAAGGAACUCGAGGAUACUGUCCUCCCCGCCCCGAUCGAGGUUCAGGACGAUGAUGAGAUUCGCAAAGUUCAGCAAGAUGAGGAUGAAGCUGGGAAGUUUCUCGGCGAGCAUGACGUUGGGUUGAUUGCCUCCUUAGCUACAGACGCGGAUUACAAAGCCCUCGUACGCAAGAUCGACAAACGUCUCCUUCCGCUUCUGUUUGGAACCUACGCCCUACAAUGUAUCGACAAAAGUUGUCUGGGUUAUGCUAGCGUCUUCACACUAAGCAGUGAUCUUGGACUAGUGGGUAAGGAAUAUUCAUGGCUUGCUUCAUUAUUCUAUUUUGGUUACUUGGUCUGCGAAUAUCCCACGACAUUGCUUUCUCAAAAAUUCCCAAUGGGUCGUUUUGUUGGUCUAGCUAUCGUAGCUUGGGGCUGUGUGCUCAUCGCUACUGCUGGCGCCCGCAACUUUGCUGGCAUGGGUGUCCUCCGUUUUGUCCUUGGUGGUUUCGAGUCUCUCAUUACCCCUACUUUCAUCCUUAUCAAUGGAAUGUAUUACACUCGACAGGAGCAGGUCUUGCGAACUGGUGUAUGGGCUUGCGCCAAUGGGUUUGGUUCCAUGGUGGGCGGCAUCAUCGCUUUUGGUAUGGGACAUGUGAAUGCUGGGGUUCCGGGUUGGAAAUGGAUCUUCAUCAUGAAUGGUCUUAUAACAGUUUUUUGGGGUACCCUUGUGACGCUUCUCCUUCCUGCGUCACCCAUGCGGGCUGGGUUCUUGACUGAGAAUGAGCGAGUUCUGGCAGCAGUAGAGGCCCUCAAUCCAGUGAAGGAUCCUCAAGGGCUUUUGCUAUUUCUUACAGUCUUCUGCAAUGAAGUCCUGAACGGUGGCUUCGGCGCAUUCGGGACGCUUACAAUCAAAAGCUUUGGCUUUACUUCGCUCCAGUCUACUUUGAUAUAUAUACCCCAAGGCUUCAUCAAUAUGGUGUGUAUCUUAUUUGGGGGCUGGCUCGCUGCAAGGCUCCCAAAUGCAAGGAUCUAUGUUUGCAUUGGCAUGCUCGUCCCAACUUUCAUCGGUUUGCUAUUGCAGAUUGUCUUGCCUCGAUCCAAUGUGGCGGGUCUGUUGGUAGGAGUAUAUCUCUUUCCACCAUUCGCUACAUCUCUCUUCAUCUGCCUUUCACUUCCAGGCGUCAACAGCUCGGGAUACUCAAAACGUAUCACCUUAUCCUCUUACGCCUUCUUCGGCUACGCUCUCGGAAAUAUCAGUGGACCAUUCAUGGUGAAAACCGGCGAGGCACCGGCCUAUCGCUCGGUUUUCAUUGCAGACAUCAUCUGCAUCAUUCUUCAAGGGAUCUUCCUCACGUUGCUACGCAUUUAUUAUGUCCGCGAGAAUCGACGUCGUGAUAAGCUGCUCGCUGAAGGAGAGGAGCAGAAUUUGCCUGAAGACGAAUUUGCCGAUAAGACUGAUCUAGAACUUCCAGGUUUUCGCUAUGUUGAUCUGGUCUUGGCAAAAGAGGAAGUUCAAACUUGCGAGUUACCAACGUAUAUUACGGAUAUCCGCUCGUUCUCGACUUGGAAUAUACCACGAUUAGCUUCAAAAAACCAGAUCAUCCCUGUUGUAAUGCUGGAUGUAAAAGACGAGAACCAAGAUCCAAGAUUCUGGAGUAUGGAGUGA